AUGUGGCAUCUCACAUGCACUCAUCACGUAGCCCAAGCUGACGACUGGCAGCAACUCGGCGACUGCUUGGGACGCGGCGCCUUUGGCGCAGUCUACCGUGCUUUGAACUGGAGCACUGGUGAGACCGUGGCUGUCAAGGCUAUCUCCCUCUCGCACUUACCGCACCGCGCAAGCGACCUGGCUACCAUUAUGCAGGAGAUUGACCUUCUGAAGAACCUCAACCACCCCAACAUUGUAAAAUACCACGGCUUCGUCAAGUCCUCCGACCAUCUCUACAUCAUUCUGGAGUACUGCGAGAACGGCUCUUUGCAUAGCAUUUGCAAGAAUUUCGGCAAGUUCCCAGAGAACCUUGUAAGCCUAUAUACCGCACAAGUUCUGCAAGGUCUGUUAUUCCUGCAUGAACAAGGUGUCAUCCACCGUGACAUCAAGGGCGCAAACAUCCUUACCACCAAGGAAGGCUUGGUCAAGCUUGCAGACUUCGGCGUAGCGACGCGGCAAGCAGAUGGUAGCAGCGUCGUCGGCACGCCGUACUGGAUGGCACCGGAGGUCAUUGAGCUUGCUGGUGCCACCACUGCUUCCGACAUCUGGAGUCUUGGCUGUACUGUCAUUGAGCUGCUAGACGGGAAGCCACCGUACCAUAAGUUCGCGCCCAUGCCCGCGCUCUUUCGCAUCGUCAAUGACGAUCAUCCACCUCUACCAGACGGAGUUAGUCCGUUGGUCAGAGAUUUCUUGAUGCAGUGCUUCCAGAAGGACCCGAACCUGCGCGUAUCGGCGAAGAAGCUCCUCAAACACCCAUGGAUCCUGUCGAGUAGGAAGAAUGACGUGGGCAAGCCGGUCAAGCAUGAGGACGCUGUCAAGUAUGUGGAGGAAUGGAAUGAAGCCUUGAAAUCAAGUCCAAAGGGUGAGCAGACGAGCAAUGGCGUUAGUAGGCGAGCGUCAACCAAAACAGCGGCUUCCAGACCGACUUCACGAACAGGAGCCGCGGGCGCCAAGGGCAAGUAUGAGACGCCUGCUGCGGAUACGCCAACGAUGCUGUACGCGUCGCCGGACGAAGAUGAUAAGCGGGAUAAUUGGGACAACGACUAUGAAAGCUUGUCUGCGUCGCUCAGCGCCCUGCAGUUACCGGAACAUCGCCGACCGCAAGACAACUUUGCAGGCCUCUUCACCGCUGAGCGACUCAAGCAGUAUGCGACGGAGGCCAUUCCUGGCUUGGAUGGCAAGGUUGAACAGUGGGACGAGGAGUUCCCAGACGGCGAGCUUACCGUCCGUUCACCGCUGCAGCUAGCGGCUGGUGAUGCACUGGAGACGGUACGCCCUUUUUACCCCAAAGAAAGUGAGGCUCGUACGCAGAUACUGAAGCCUACCGCCAAGCCUACAAGCAAACCUACAGCUUCUGCGAAAGCCAAGCAGACCUCUCCGUCUCUGCUUGCGAAGAGGCUAACGCCGGUGCCCACGCCCUCAGAUAAAGAGCGCUUCCGUGAAGACGAUGAGGAAGACUACUCUGAUCUGGUGCCGGACGAUGAGAUGGCGUUUCAAAAAAAGCUUGCCGGCUUCUCGCCAAGCCGGCCGUAUGAUCCACGCAAUCUCAGGGGUAUGCAGACAAAGCUGGGCGGGAGUGUGAGGCGUAGAACGCAUACCCCGACGAACCUUGUCCAUGACGCUGCAGCAAUGAAGCGGACACGCAGCUCGUUGGAGAUACAGAAGUAUGCCGAGGACGAAGACGAGGACUUUGGAGAUGUCAUCUUUGGCGAUGGCGAUGAUACUACGCCAAUGCAGCUACAACCCAUUAAGCAGCGAUCGCCGCACGGCAGCACUGCUGGGUUAUGGUCGUCGCCGAAUGACGAGGAGGAGGACGACGAAGACGAUCCCUUUGCAGCAAUGGAAGAGGAGCUUGAUGUCGUUGACCUGGAAAGCAACGUUGCUCGUGACAAGCAUGCCAGGCUGUGCACGCUCGUCGAGGGGCUUGUUUCUGAUCUGAAGGUCACGCAGCCGGAGGAUGUGCUAUGCGAGAUUGUUGAACAGCUCUUGCAGGUGCUAACGGAAAGUCCGGACGUACAGAAUGUGAUCGUCAGCUCGCACGGCAUGCUACCAAUCCUGGAGAUUCUGGACACCUGUCAGCGACCGCACAUCAUUCUGAGCCUACUUCGAGUCGUCAAUGGCAUCAUCAGUGAUAAUGUUGAGGUGCAAGAGAAUCUGUGCUUCGUUGGUGGUAUUCCAAUCAUCACGAAGUUCGCGCAGAAGAAAUUCGGAGAGAGCAUACGGCUCGAGGCUGCGAGCUUUGUGCGAAUGAUGUAUGGCACGUCAACGUUGACGUUACAGAUGUUCGUCGCCUGCGGUGGGCUCAACGUGCUAGUGGAGUUUCUGGAAGAAGACUAUGACACCGAGACCGGUCAGGAGUUGGUGCUCGCGGGAAUCAACGGUGUCUGGAGCGUGUUCGCGUUGCAAGGUCCCACGCCGAAGAAUGACUUCUGCCGGAUUUUCAGCCGCAGCUCGGUGCUGUAUCCGCUGAGUCUUGUGUUGAACAGAAUACUUGACGAGGACGAUGACGACAUGGUUGAGCUGUUCGAGGGCCGCAUCGUCAAUAUCUUCCUAUUGUUCAGCCAGGCAGAAAACCAUGUCAAAGAGACAGUUGCGGACCGUAUGGUGCUCAAGCGGGUGUUGAAGGAUCUGCGGCGCAUGCGACCACAACAUCAGAUUACGAUGCUCAAAUUCAUCAAGAAUCUGUCUAUGCUGGCUACGACGCUCGAUGCGCUGCAAAACAGCAAUGCGAUUGAAGUGUUGACAGACCUGCUCAGCAGCAGCAUGAAGGACAAGGCGUCGCACUUCCGUGAGGUGAGCAACCAGGUGCUAAACACCAUGUACAAUCUCUGCCGCUUGUCCAAAGCGCGGCAAGAAGAUGCAGCACUCAAUGGACUCGUGCCAUUACUACAAAGGAUCGUGCAGACCGAGCGGCCGUUGAAGGAGUUUGCAUUACCGAUACUGUGCGAUAUGGCGCAUUCCGGCAAGGUGGGCCGGAAGGUGUUAUGGCAGAACAAAGGCCUUCAAUUCUACGUUGGACUGCUCGCCGAUCAGUACUGGGCUGUCACUGCACUCGAUGCCAUAUUCGUGUGGCUGCAGGAGGAGACAAGCAAGGUUGAAGAGGUUUUGCUGUCCACUUCUGCGUUCACGGACGCGAUCGUGCAGUGCUUCAAUGAGAGUAAGACGGAUGCGUUCGAGAACCUGCUGGAGCCUCUGCAGAAACUGCUGCGCUUGAGCACCGGUGUGGCGGCAAGUCUUGCACAGAAGCCGCUUUUCGAGCGGUGUGGGAUCAAGCUACACUAUGCGAAGAAGCCUUUGGUUAGGCUGAACUUGUUGCGUGUGCUGAGGGGCAUUUGCGAGGCACACGAAGAGAAGGGAGACUUGAUCCGAAAGUAUGGCCUUUUGGAUAGCGUGCAAGAGCUGUUCAGAUCCGACCCGGCUAUCUUGGUGAGAGAGAUUGCGAAAGACCUGGUG